AUGCUGCGGCGCUCAGGCGUGCUUUGCUUGGCUGCUCCGCUUGUGAUGUCCAAGAUGGCGCAAGCUGCAGCGUGCUGGGGGUCUGCCAAGGAUGUGGCCAAACCAGCCACUUCACAGGGUGUUGUUGCUUUCAGAGGGAGCUGCUACAAUAUCAUCUAUGACGAGAAGAGUGGACCACAAAACAUGGGGCGCUUGCUGGUGCAUCCCUUCGGUCCGCCCGAGACGAGCGAUGUCGCUGAGUGCUUGGACCAGGUGAACCGGCUGGCGACUGAGCAAGUUAUCAAGAAGGACAUCGUGGUUCUGCUGGACUUCUCAGACUUUGUAUGGCCCUCGCCCGUGGCGGCAUACCGAAGCUUCUUCCCUGUCAUCCGAGAGCGGCUCCCCACAGCGGAGCUGCGGGACAAGACCCAGGCGUUCGCCAUCGUUCAGCGAGAGUCCUUUUGGGUGCGUUCCAUUGUUGACGCCAUGCUCCUCAUGACGCAGCCGGAGACAGCUCCCAUCUUUGCCAAGGACCAGCGUGAGGCCUGCGAACGGCUCCGAGAGCGCUUUGAGCGCCCUCAGUUGGCUACACUUUAG